AGGUCUUAGAGUUCUUUGGAUUUAUGGAAUGAGGUCAAUGAACUGUUUGGGUCAAGAGUUUUUUUACCAGGAAAAUGACAAAGAAGAACACAAAGAAGAUGUAGAAGUCACUAUAUUAUUUCGUUCGUUAACCAGGUUGGAACUAGGUGAUAUGGAUAAUUUAGAAGAAUGGGUUGCUCCGCCACCACCUUAUAUUUCCUUCCCUGUCCUUGAGACUCUAUGUAUCAUUGGCUGCUGUGAAUUGACAUCUAUACCAGAUUUUCAAUCAUGUACUUCUCUCCAAGAAUUAACCAUCGAAGAUUGCGACAAAUUGAACAAGGAGUUUCCAUCUGAACCAAUUACUACAAACAGUUUUCUAAAGAAUUUAAGGAUGAAUAUACUAUGUAUGAAAAAGAAAUGUUGAAUGAAAUUGCUCAAAGGCUUCCAGUUGAAGACGUGCCAUUGACAAUAGAUUGGAAAGAAAAGUUCGAGAAUUUGGAAGUAAAGAAUGAAAAUCUGAGGCUGACAAUUGCAGAAAAAUGGGAUGAGUUACAGAGCAGGAAAGAGGACGGCCUCCCCAUUGAUGUGAGUAUCCUAGAAGAGCUUUUGAAUGAUAUAUAUCACAGAGCUUACCCACCUCCACAACCAAACUCGGGAGAAGAAGAAUCUAGCAGUAGCUCUGAAGAAGAAUCUAGCAGUAGCUCUGAAGAAGGGCAUGAUGAUUUGGAUGACACCGUUCCAUCAACAACUACUCCAAUAAUGCAUGUUAUGGGGGGCUCUGAAGAAAAUCCCAUACAGUUCGAUAUUGAAGUUUCACAGUUUAAAAUUUGGGCUAGAUCUGAUUUGGAGCGAAAGGUGAAAGAGCUGCAAGAGGAAAAGAGCAUGCCAGAACCAUUACAGACAGAAAAGGCUAAACUCCAACAAACAGCAGCGACACAAGUUCUGGGUAAUAUUGAAGCGGAAAUUGGUUCUCUUAGAGAUAGACAGGGUGCAUCGCUUGAAGAAAUGUUGUCGAAUAUGCAGUUUAUGCCUUUGGUUUGUGAGCUUCCGAGUCUCAAAGAACUGCAUACCGUGCCGAUGGAGAAACUGAUUGACCUGGCCAUCCAUGGGAAGGGUAUUUAUACCGAUGAGUACUCAAAAUAUCUACAAGAUGAAAUUAUGGGAGAUCCUUAUCCAUCCUUAGGAACUCUUAGUCUGGAGUACCCGUCGACUGGUAGUUUACCAAGCUUGGAAAAAAUGCAAUCUUCUCAAAUCUUCGACAAGUUUUAUGCUAAAGAUCUGGAUCUUCCAUCACAAGUUUCAAGACCAACUUUUGACUUGGGUUUAGGACCAAGUGAUCAAAAUGGAGAAGUGGUGCAGCAGCCUGCAAUUAAUCUAGGUGCACCUGAUCCACCUCAAAUCCAUCUUGCAGCUGCGCCUGCGCAUAAUGAAGCUCUAGUUGCUAGAGGAGCAUCAGAUCAAGCUCAAAAGGAUCCCUCGGAUGAGCAAGCUCAAAUCGAUACUGCACCUACACUUAAUGAAGCCUCUGCAAUUGUUUUAGCUGCAGCUGAACAAGCUCGUUUGAAAGCUGAUCUUCAGCAACCUGAACAAGAAGGAACAAGGAAACAUUGGGAUCCCAUUCCAUUCAAUGAAGUAGAAAGAAAGAAGAAAAUGAAGAAUGACAGAAAGCAACAACCUACUAAACAAUUACAGAGUCUUAAGUAGCCAGUUUUACAUGCUGAAAAGGCAGAGGAAGCUCGACUGAAGAAGAAUAUGAGCGCCGAAAAAGCUAAUGCAUAUGCUGAGACUCUCCAACUUCUUUCUGAGCUAUAGAAGGAUAACGAACCUGGAGUUAGUUAAACAUCAGAGAAAGAUGACGUAACACUUGCCAAGAGACUCGAAGAUAGGCUGGCUACAAAGAGUAAUGAAGUCAAACCAAUAGCGAAGUCGACUACGUCAGUCAUGGACAAGGAGAAGAAAAAGCCGACUAUCUCAGCCAAGGAGAAGAAACUUACUCCAAAAAUCACAUACAACCCUCAGAAGCCAGUAACUCGGAGCCACCCGCAAAAAAGAGUUGAUCCUGAGUUUGCUAGUGGCAAAGGAUUGUCGGGACCUAAAAGGCGAAAAACAAAGUCCAGAACUGAAAACCCAGUUGAAAAAGAUUGCCUAACAGAGAAAGUUCAGAAAAAGGAUGGCGAGAAUGUGAGAAAGAGAAAAGCUAAAGGUGAUCCAAAUCUGCAAGAACUUCCUAAAAAAGUGAAGAAUGCAUGCAAGUUGUUGAGCCUAAGGAAAUCUCCGUUCUAUAAGGAUUUGAGUUCACAACAAAGAACGAUUCUCUCUCCUUUUUUUGACAAAGCUACCUCAAUCAACAAUGCUUGGAAAGCUCCUGCUGUGAUUGGUCAUCACAUAUUAUCUGCAGAGACAUUUGAAGAUCUGCUACAUAACAGGGCUUUAGAGGGAGAUCUUAUAAAUUACUGGCAAUACCAACAGAAAAAAACAUAUCAUAAUGAGCAACCGGUGAAUGGACAGAGAAAGUACAUUCCAGUACUCCACAUUGAUCCAACAAGCUGGUUUUAUUUAAGUGACCCAGUACAUCAAGUAGCAGCAAACACUGCUGUCUUCUUACCCAUCAGGAAUAUGGAGGAAGGAACCAGGAAGAUUAUUAUUCCAAUGUCACACCAAAACGUGCAUUGGACGCUUCUUGUGUAUGAAUGCGAGAAAGGCGAAUUCUUCCACUACAACACUUGGGAAGCUGUAUCCAAAAACGAGUGUCUCGAUAAUGAUAAUCUUAUGGCAGAAUACUGCUUGUUAGCAAUUAAUGAACGCUUGUCGAGCAUGCGCCUUCCACUUGUACACAAAGUAAAGAUGAUUAGUUACCCAACACCUCAACAGGUAGACUAUCCAGAUUGUGCAAUAUAUAUCAUGCACAUCAUGAAGAAAGUUGCAAAGGAGGAAGUAAUUGAUGGAGUGCGAAUGAGCUUGGGAGACCCAUAAGAACUAAAAGACAAAAUUCAUAAGAAGAGGAUCUAUUUAGCAUGCGACAUACUCUCAGCAACAUCUCCUCCUGAGGAGAGCUGGAAUAUUCAUACUCCAAAAGGUUUUUAAGACAGUGCUUAUAUGAAUUAGGACUGCAUAGUAGAAGUUAUCAUAGAGAACAUAUUCAGAGUUUGCUAGUUUGUUUUAGAUAAUAUCAAAGUUUAGUAAUUAUUCUUAUUUAUUUUGAUAACAAUUGUUCUCGAAACUAUGGUGUUUGUGUUUAAUCUAUGUACAGUUGUUUGGAUUUAUAAAAAUGUUGACA